AUGGUAGAUCGAUUGGUAGAUCGUAUCUUCGCUGCAGCUCAUCCUCCUCCUCCGCCUCCUCUACCACCACUGCCACCUCCUCGUACUGGAGGAAUCGCAUUUUUGACGGCUAUACGUGAAGGGAAACUGGAUGAAGUAAGAAAACAGAUUUUCAUAGUGGUGUUGUUGUAAUAUUCAGCUAGCUGCAGCUAACCUCUAUUUAAAGGAGCUGUGUCACGAAAUUCAGCCAAAUUAGGUAAUUACAAAAUGCCCGUUAAAAAAAAAAAACAUUAAAGGAAGGUUAAAAUAACGCAACAGAUACAACAGAUGCCACGGAUGGGCAAAACUGAAGAGGAUUGAAACGGAUUGAAAUUAUAGGGUUUAUGAAAACUGUUCAGCCUAACAAUUUUUCAAAGUUGGUCUCUGCUGUUUGCAACUUCAAAAAUAAUGUUCAGGAGACAUAUUUGUUUGUCUCGAAUCUCUGCUUGUGUCAUUUACAAGUAAUUUCGUUGCUUACUUUAAGUUCCAUAGUGACUGAGGGCUAUAGUAAUUAAACAAAAUCAACUGGACAGCCGUGACACAGCCCCUUUAAUAUUAUUAUUAGGCUUAGCUAAUAAUAUUAUUUAAUUUAGUACUUUGAAUCUUUUUAUUUAUCUAAAAAGGAGGCCGUUUUAUCACUGCCUGUUGAAAAUUAAGACCAAGGAAAUAGCAGAAAAAUAUAUCUUUGCAAAUAGGAGAGACUACUGUCAACUCUUUGACACCUUUGAGGUUGGCACAAAAUUUCCCUCUUAGAGAAAUGACCGUCUUAUAGAGAGUCAAAGGAAGUAAAGAAAGGCAAGGGCGGACUCCAGGUGUCCAUUUUACAGAGGUGUCUGUCUUUUAGAGGUGUCCAUUAAGAGAGAGUCAGCUUUUAUAAUAUAAAAGAUUGAUUGUCAGGGUGAUCGAGUGUAGUCCUGAAUAGGUGUCAAUGUGAAUUUGACUCUGAAGAUGAGUACUGCGCAGGUUGUUGAAACAUCAGUCUCUGUCAUCCACUAAAGUCCUAUUCAGGACUUAACUCACUCGGAUGAUCAUAUGUUUCACCUACUUAUGAAAUGACCCCUGGGUUCAAAUGUUUCACAGAAACUUAUUACCAGGGUGCAAAGAAAGUCAGUUUCACAGCCUGCCAUUUGGGCAAGCUGUAGCUAGCAUGUACUGGCUCACAAGUCAUUUCAACUAGCCCCAAAACCCUUUUUGAUUAGCAGGAUUGAUUACAAUCCUUCAAAAUUUGAAUUUCUUCAGAAAACAGCACUUGCCCAUUGGGCAAGUUAAGAACAAGAAUCACAAGCCCAAUAGCAAAAUCCACUAUCGACUAUUGGACACAACUUUCUUUGCACGCUGAUUACACGUAAUAUAAGUCAGUAGAUAAAUGUUGAAUAAGCCUAAACAGGAGAUAAGUUACAAAAUAUACUGUCUACAUCCCUGAUUUAACACUCAAAGGGACACAGCCAAUGGUGUGUAUAAAAGAUCAGGGUUUGAAGGAACUCACAUCUUAGGCAACAUUACCCCCUUUCUCUGAGUUAUGCUACUUUGGGUUAUAAUCUCAUCUACUCAGACUGAUUUCUUUCUGAGGUUUUGUAGCACUUAAUUAAAAUUUGAAUAUGGUUGAACAUUUACUUAGGCAACAAGGAUUUAUGACGUUGAGAAGGUGGAUCCAAAUGUUGCAGAACAGCAAGGAGAAACUGGUUUGCACCUUGCCGCAAGAGAUGGUUACUUGGAAUUGGUAAAGUUUCUUUUGGAGAUUGGAGCUGAUGUUAAUCGGAAAGGUAUAUAUGAUCAAACCAAGGGGUGGAACAUUCCUUACUGCCUUGAAUAACGAGCAUUAUGGAUAAAUUUAUUUGUUACGCUGUUAUUAAUCCUUAAUCUUCAAUGGUGGUAAAGGUAAAAUAAAGCCUGUGUUGCAGCUAGCAGCCAAGGGGUCCAUUUGUGCAGCUAGCUAAUAUCCCAGCUAUUUCCAUAGAAUGAAGGUACUAGGAACAUUCUACUUCCUGGAUGGGAUGCUAACUGUGUCCAUCUCAGAUUAACUGUACCUCAGCGUGAUCCCAAGAAGAGCUCAAACCAGAAGCUCUUGUUCUGAAUACCUUGCAAUUACCAUUAGGCUACCGCACUUCCAAACCUUUAACCCUUUAAGCCUUAAUAUCCACAUACAAAUUCUCCAAACUUAUCUCUAUAUAUUUCCUUAAAGAAUGUGUUGAGAAUUUGAUAAAAGAUCAAAGCAUUUUCUCUUAGGUGAUCAUUUUAUUAAUUCUCAUAACCUAAUCUCUUGACAUUGUAUGGAUAUCGCUAGGAGAAAAUUGAUGUUGGUCACUAUUGGAACUUAAAGGGUUAAUGGGUGAUCAGCAUCUAAGUUUCUUAAGACAAACAGUGCUUUUUAUUGAAAUAAGACAGUUUGAAGAAUAAAAGUAGUGUGAUCAAGUUAGGAAGGCGUUGAUUGCAAUCAUAUUCUCCUUAACUAUGUGUACCAUGGAAACGACUGGAGAAGGUGUUGAUAAUAAGCAUACUGUUCUCUCAAAUGAGUUGAUUUUAUAGGAAAAUGUGCAAGAAAAUAUAGGCAUAAAUGCUUAUUCAAGUUUAUGUUUGAUUUAAACAGUAAUGGCCAAAAAUUCAGUUUUUAGACUAGUUUUUUUUUAUCAUUAGUCUUUUUGAACAUUUUUUUUAUUAUAUUGCGCAGAAGGACGCCAAAAAGGCGCAAUCCAUCUAGCUGCAUCAGGAGGCCAUCUUGAUGUGGUGGAAGAGCUUAUUAGGGCUGGCUCUACUUUAGAUGAUGUGGACAAAGUUGGUCGGUCACCACUCAUGUGGGCAGUAGCUUGUGGAUAUGUUGAAAUUGUGAAACUGUUGCUGCAGGCAGGAGCAUCUGUGGCAACUCAAGGAAAGAGGCAUGCCCUUCAUGAAGCCUGUAAGAGAGGAUUUCAUGAGCUGGCUCAACUGUUAAUAGAUGCAGGAGCACCAGUAAAUAACCCACAGCAUUGUAAGUUAUUACUUUGCAUAAUUAUUUUAUUUUUAAGUCAAGCCAUUAUUGUGUUAGCCUGAGACUGGUCCUGAGAAAACAGCUGACAUAUCAUGAUACCACCAGUGGUUUCCCCACGAAAUGACGUCUGAGAAACAAGCGCAGAAACUCCAUACUGAUGAUGCAUCAUCUACCCUGAUUCCCUGAUCUAGGUAGUGCUUCUGAUUGGUUGAAGCAAAUUAAUUUUUAGCCAAUCAGCACUACUCAGAUCUGGGUAGUGAUGCAUUAUCACUAAGUAUUGAAUGGAAUGUCUGUGCUGGUUUUUGCUCAUAAUUUCAUAGGGAAACCAGUGGUGGCAUGUUGUUUACUCAGGCUAUGAUCGUGUGAAGUAACUUAGAAUACCAUUUCGAUACUGAACAUCAAGAAACUGACGGGGAGAACAGCGGGAAGACGAAUGAUCUCUCCAAUGCUGGGCCUUACAUUAUUUUGUGGAACAUUUUUAUUUUCUUAAUUAACAGGUUGUAUUUUGGAGGCCUUGGAUAAACUGGAAUGUAAUUGGACAAUUGCAUUAAUAUUACUGUAAAUAGACAAAUCAUAGUGCCCUUUCAUUAAAGCCCAUCCUCUUUAAUGUUAAAAACAUUAAAAUUAAGAAGAUCACCCCUUCUUACUAAAUAAAUUGUAGUCAAUGUGUCAAGAGCUGAUCUCCUUAUAGCGAGGACCUUUAUCUUCAAUAAAUGUGGCAUAAAAACUACACAAAGAAUGAUCCAUGAGGACAUCACACUAGGAAUUUAGCAUGCUUUAAGCCUGCUCUCCUCUGCAGAGGCUUAAAGGGGCAUGGUGCAAGUGAGCGCGGGCACUGGUUUUUGCACCUGCUCUCACUUUGCGCAGGCGAAAUCCAAUAACAUGUCACUGAGCCUCUGUAGAGGCUGAGGAGAGAGCUUUAAGUCAAACUAAGGGCGGUUUCCAUUUGUCAGAACUGACCGGCCAGGACGUUCCCCUCAUAAUGAGAAUGUUUUAACUUUUAAUGAAAGCUAUCCAGCCAGAUCAGACAAAUGCUUAAUAGUAUGCAUGAAGGAAAUCGUUUUUCAUCAAAAACUCUUGGAAAAAGCCUACUUCAUUUUCAAAAUGAGCGGUGCAGCCAUGGUCUGGCCGGCCAGUUCUGACUUUUGGAAAGCGCCCUAAGUUGUUUAACUCAUCUCGACAGCCAGAAGAGUGAUUCAAAUUUUAAUUGUUUGUCUUUAUUAUUGUUAAUUAGUUUCUGGCUAUGAACCAUGGUCACCUCUCCAUAUUGCUGUUCGUCAGGGAUAUCUUGAUUGUGUCAAGUUAUUAAUCAGGGCGGGGGCUGAUGUAAACAGUGUUAAUGCAGGCAAACACACCCCUUUACAUGAAGCUGCAUACAGAGGAUAUGAUGAUAUAACAUCAGAACUUCUUCUUCGAGGAGCAGACCCACAUGCAGCCAGUAAUCAGAAGAGAACACCUUUACAUGAAGCUUGUAGGCAAGGUAUUUUUGUGACACUCUCUAUUACCGUAUUUAUUUGAAUAAGUGCCCAACCUCGAAUUAGCGCCCACCUUGAAUAAGCGCCCAUCCUAAAGGCAGAAAGAGUUAAUAAGUGCCCAGCCUUGAAUAAGUGCCCACCCCCUUCUCCUCCCAAUCAAACUCAAAUAAGUGCUCACCCCCACCCCACCCACUUGAGUGAAUAAAUUCUAAUAAGAGACUUCCCCGAGGACAAAGUUUUCCUCAGGGUAUUUUACAGAAACCUUGCUUCGUUACAUCUCCGCGUUUUGUUGUUAGCAUUUAUUGUUUUGUUGCAAAAUAAACAUACUUCACUUGCUGAAAAUGGUGAAAAUUCAAUAAGCGCCCAGCCUCGAAUAAGCGCCCACUCUCAAGGUCCAAAAAUUUAAUAAGCGCUUAGGGUGGUUAAUCGAAUAAAUAUGGUAUUUUCAAGUCUAGGCUUGAAAAAAGUCAUAUCUAAAAAAGUCAUAUCUAAAAAAGUCAUAUCACCUUUAUAUGAAGCUUGUAUGCAAGGUACCGGUACUCUAGUCUUAUGACACAAUCCUCAAUUAUUUUACACGUUAUAAUAAAAAAUGUGAUAUUGCACACACAGACUCCAAUUAUAAUAAGUAAAACAAUAAUUUAUUAUCGUUUUACUGAUUGGUCCUUAUUAACCCUUUGCUUUCACAAUUCUACACCUAUUUGUUUCCAUCUCUGUCAAAGUAGCAAUACCAAAAAUUAUUCUUGAUCUGCAAGCGAUGAUUUCAUUAAAAAAUAAUAGAUUUGAAAGAAAACAAGUGAGGCCAUUGUACAUUUUUAGGAAACUACACACCUACCCCUCCCCUAAGCCAACAUUAACGCCUUCUUUAAACUUAGGGAAAAAUGUUGGCUUAGGGAAGGGGUAGGUGGGUGGUUUCCCAGAAACUUAUAAUGAUCUGGCUCAAGAUUAGGUAUUGUAGUACUGUCAUAGUAUUAAUCUGCUGGUCAUAUUACUGUAGGUAAAGUAAGGAGUGCAAUUAUGCUGUUGGAUGUUAACAGCAAGGUCAAUGCCAGAGAUUUAGUGAGAGACACCCCUCUUCAUCUUACGCUCAGAGCUUAUCGUCAUGACAUCACGGUUCAGUUGACAUCUGUUCUUCUCCAGUAUGGUGCAUCACCAACACUUCUUGGAGGAGAAGAUGACACGCCGCUGGACAUAGCUCGACAAACAGGCAGGGAAUCCUGUUUGGAAUUACUACAAGCUGCUUUAGGUGAGAAUUAUACAACCCAAUGCACGUUUAAGAUGAAUCUAAACUGCCUUGAAGCAAAACUGCCGGGUGUUGCUUGAAUUUGAAGCAUAAUUAUUUUUGAGAAGCAAAACAUUUACGUUUGAGCCAAAAUAGUGCUCUGUCUUUAGUAAUUUGGAUUUCCAGGAAAAAAAAAUCACUUUUUCCCUUAUUGUUCUUUUUGUGUGCCAACUAAUUGAGUUGAUUUUCCUUUUUUUUUCAGAAAUGCCACAACCACUUACUCAUAUUUGUAGGGUUCUUCUGAGAAAACAGUUAGCUUGUCAUUGGGACUAUAUAGCUGAACUUCCAUUGCCAAUGACAUUGAAGAGUUUUCUACAAUUUGAAAAUGGAUUUUAA